GACGUGCGUUCCGAUCGCGGAAUUUGUCAGUUUUAUUUUUUUGUGUGCGAUUUCGUUCUGCCUGCCAAACGCCAAACGCAGCGACCGAACUGAGGAGCAGGAGUAAGUCCGAUCGGCUGAAGUCGACCGAAUGUCGAAAUGAAGCGUGACGACAGGGCGAAUGUGCUCAGCGCAACGAAAAGUGGGCGCGAGUGAUUCCGAGAAACAGAUUCGAUUCCCAAUUUGUCGUGUCGUUCUCUCGAGCUCAAGAGAACGAAAACAACGCGAAGUAAAAGUGAAAACGUGCAAAAGGCAUAGCGCAAAAGAAAAACAACAACAAACUAAACUUCGGAAAAAAUGUGCGACACGGCGGCAACAACAGCUACACCAGUGGUGGCAGCUACAACUGUGGGAGCGGCUUCGGUGUCUGGCACUGGAACCAGCCAGGGAACGGCAGCGGCUACACCAGCGACAGCAGGAGCCACACCGCCAGCUACAACCGCAUCGAAACCCGAGCAACAGCGGGCGCGACAAAACUGCUGUCGCCUCUGCAUUGCCCCGGCCACGGAAUGCAUUUCGAUCAUCAAUAGCUAUGCGGCCGACAAGGAGCCGCUAUCGACAAAAAUCCACAACUGUGUGGACAUCAAGAUAACACCACAAGAUCGGCUGUCACUUCAGAUCUGCCACGCCUGCAUCAGUUACCUAAACUCGUGGCAGAGCUUCAAGAAUCGGUCGGUUAGCGCACAGAACAAACAGCGGCAGUGGCUGGAGGCCAACAAGAGUAAGCUCCUCAGCUAUUUGGAUUUGAACAGUGCCGAGAAUGGAGGAGGUCAUCAGCAGCAUCACCAUCAGAACCAGCAGCAGCAUCAUUCGGAGAAUGAGAUCGAUUUGGAGAAGCCAUCGGCCGCCCAAAUAUUGGACGGCAUACCCUCGCUGAAGAAACGCAAAUCCCUAACAGUCUAUCCACUGCCCGCAAUUCCCAUCAAGGAUGAGCCCAUUGACACAGAUGAUGACUAUCAAAUGAAAUCGCUGGACGAAUCCGAUGACAUGGUCGAUCCCACAAUGUUCCUAGAGCGCUCCGAGCACGAGGGCGAUGUACCAUUAAUGACCUCCGACUAUGAUUAUACGGCGCAGCAUGGUGUGAACGCAGAGACGGCGGCCGCCUCGCUGCCACCAAAUGCUGUGGCUAAUGUGGCCGCCGCCGGGGACUCGAAGGUGGCCAGCUGCCGGGCAUGCAGCCUCCAGUUUUCGACACGUGCCAAUGCCAGGCGCCAUGAGCGAAAUUUGCACCCAAAUCUGUUCCAAUUGUCGACGGACUCGCCCAACAAUACGCCCAUCACAAAGCCCACCCCGGCACUGGCGGCUGCAUUGGAGAUUCAGCGUGCCGCCGCCGAAGCGGCCACCGAGGAGGCCAGCAAAGCUGCAGGCGCUGCCGGGGGUAAUAUAUCGACCCAAAAAUACCGUCAGGUGGUGAUGAACGCCUUCAUCAAGUGCGAGGGUGGGGGCUUCAACUAUGACAGUCCCGAGCAGUACCAGCCGCUGCUCACCCGCGACAAGGUGGAGUUUAUCGAGCAGAAUUACGAAUUCCUGGAGCAGUACCAGACGAUGACAUGUCGCUGCUGCGACAAAUACUUCAGUACGUACAAGAACUUUAUGGCGCAUGUGCGUAAAAAGUAUCCGCUGUUGCCGCGCAAUCUCUGCUUCAACUGCCUCAAGAUGAACGAAUCGAAGGCUCUGUUCAUUUCCCAUCUCAAGAAGCGCAACUGCAUCAAUCUAUUUCGUGUGCUGAACGCCCUGCGCGGCAAGCAGCCAAAUUUUCACCCCUCAUCGGACAUUGGAUCGUCGUUCGGUGGAGAGACCACCACCACCACCACAACCAUAACCAGUCCCAAUGUCGUUGUACCGCUGCUGCUGGAUAACAGCUCGAGCGGCGAACGGCCGGAGAAGCUGCGCGCCAAGGAGCUGCUGGUGAAUAAGCUUUACGAGUGCAAACUCUGCCCGAAGGGCUUCCGCACCAAGCACGAGUUUCGCACCCAUGUCUACGACAAGCAUGCGGAUGUGCAGCGCAAGGACAACAACUCGAUUCAGUGCAGCUUCUGCGGCCUGGACUUUGCCGAUCCCGUCGACAGGCGCCGCCACUACAACAACAUGGACUGCAUUGUUCGCCUACGCUGCAUGACGUGCGACGCCAAGGUGGAGACGCAUCAGCGUUUUCUCGAUCAUGUCUAUCAAGAUCAUCUGGGGGGCAUAAGCAGCGACAAUGCCUCCACUGUGAGUGGAUUGGGCGGCGGCGGAGGCGGCGGUGGCAGGAGCAGCAGCAGUAUUGAGAACUCGCCCGGGAAGCGGAGUUUACUAGGGGCUCUCGGGAUCGGUGUUGGCUCCCCCGCCGAUGAGUCACGCACCGGCAGUGCAGCGGCGACAGCGGCAGCCGUAGCACCCAAUCAAACCUCCACGCCAAAGCCGACAUCGGGAGGUGGGGCGGGCACAACACCUGGCUCCCUGAAUCGUGAUGCUGGUGGUGCACCGAAAUCGCAGUAUUUUUCACGAAUGCCCCAGGUAUGCCCCAUCUGUGGCCAACAGUACAACAACUACAACAACGUGCUGCGUCACAUGGAAUCGAAGCAUCCAAACAAACUCCCGGAGACCUACAAAUGUGUGCGCUGCGGCCUGGGCUAUCCGAGAAUCUCGUAUCUGCGAGAGCAUAUGAUCAACGUGCAUGGCGUGGACAAGAAUCGAAAUUCGGGCGGCUUUGAGUACAUUGUGAAUGCGGAUGCCGUGAAGCUGGCCGAUGGCAGUACACCGAAUGUGUCCACGGGUCGUUACGACUAUGUGAUGAAGGAUCUGAUGUCAAUAACAAAUGGUGGGACACUCGAUGAUGACGAGGAGGAGACCGGCAGCAUGGCCAAGAAGAUACGCCUGGACGAUAGCAGCAACAACAGCAGUCUGGUGGGUGGGGUGGCCAGCCAGCAAAAGGAAUGCCCCAUCUGCAAUGCACUGUUCAGCAACAAUAUCGGCCUGUCGAAUCACAUGCGCUCACAUUACACGGCCUCGAGUACCGUGAACGCUGCUCUGGUGGCGGCCAAUCGCAUGACACCCAAAUCCCUGACCAUAACCGCCGCCCCAGCCAUAGAGACGGUCACAUCAUCGGCCUCAGUCGAUGUUGACGAUGACGAGGGCGUUAUGCCGCUCGAAUCCGGAAAUAUUAUGGCCAGCGUCAGCGGUGGCAGAGGUGUUGCUUCUGCUUCAGCUAUUGCUGCUGUGCCUCCUGCCAUGGUUAAUCAGACGCCUCAAGAGCAGGCCGUCUUUCGUCGCAGCCUGGACCAGGCGGCGGAUCGUCGCUUCCGCCGGAUGCGUUGCCGCAUCUGUCAGCGGCGUUUUAGCUCAAAGAAAUCAUACCGCUAUCACAUGCUCACCGACCAUCAGGUGCAGAAUGUGCAGUUUAUCAAGUGCAAGCUGUGCAAUGCAGAGUUUGCCUACGAGAAGGGUCUCAAGGUGCAUCUGUUCAAGGUGCACGGACGGGCCAUCAAGGAUGAGAUGAUUGUGAAGCAGUUUGAGUGCGAUGUCUGUUCGAUUGUCUACAGCUCGGAGCUGGAACUGAAGCAGCACAAGCAGAGCGUCCAUAAGCUGACAUCCGUGUCGGUGUCUGCAUCCGCCUCGGCAUCGGCUUCGGCUUCUGCCUCGGCAUCCACAUCCUCGAAAAUCGAUGAUGAUUCUAUGAUGAUGGAGGACAUCGGUGGCAAUAGAAGCCGUCACCAUCAUCAGCAGCACAGCAAGGCAUCUGGCGAUCUGGCCGAUCAGUCCAUCAUCUCCGCCAUGGCUGCCACCGCCACUGCCAGUGCCACAACGACGCCGCUCUACUGGUACCAGUGCAAGUACUGUCCCUCCAACUUUAACACCAACAAGAAGCUGGCCAUCCACAUCAACUCGCACGAUGAGUUCGACUCGAACGAUUACUCGUGCAAGGACUGCGGCAAUGUCUACAGCGGCCGCAAGAGUCUAUGGGUUCAUCGCUACAAAAAGCAUCCGCAGGUGCCGGACCCAAUCGAGUGCAUGCUGUGCCGCAAGGUGUUCUUUGACCAUCAGAUGCUGGACAAUCAUACGCCGACCUGCAACCGUAAGCCAAUUACCGCCACGGGGGCGCAUCAGCAGGAGCUGCAGACGCAGUCAAAUCAGACGCAGGGUCGGGCCGUAUUUAGGCAUAAGACUGGCGACGAUGACGACGAGGAAGAGCAACAGCAGCAUCACCAGCAGCAGCAACAGCGUAACCAUCAGGAGGAUGCUGGCGAUGGAGGAGCAGUAGCAGCAGCAGCUGCUGCCGCUGCCACAUCGAGCGGCACCAUCAGCGGUGUCAGUACCAAAAAGAUGCGCAUACCGGAGGUGGCCUGUACAAUUUGUGGCGCCAGAUUCACUGAUCAGGAGCACUUUAGCAAGCACAUACAGAAGCAUGAACAGGAUCUAUAUGUGGAUAAUCCGCUGGCAGCGAUGUUCGACGAUGGGCCGGCGGAUGCGGCCCAAUUUAAGGUGGAGGGCCAGAACGAGAACGGGGAAUACGCGUGCGAUAUGUGCACGAAGACAUUCCCCCUGGUGAUUGCACUCAAAGUGCAUCGCAAGUGGCAUUUCAGAGGUGAUAGCAAGCAGAACCACAUCGACAGCGAAACGACGAAUAUCAACAACAACAACAACAACAAUUCGGUGAACAACUCCACAUCGAUGCUACGGGAGCUGCAUGCAGUGGGUCUGACGCCCAACCAACAACAGAAGCAACAGCAGCAGAACUCCACGUCCACGCCGAACAACAACAGCAGCAGCAACAACAGCAACAGCAGCAAGAGCAGAUCAAUGAAGCGUAAACGUGAAUUGAAAUGCGAAUACUGCCCCUCGACAUUCAUCAGCAACAACAACCUGCGACGCCACAUGUACGAACUGCAUAAGCACGAGGUGAGUAGCCUGCCAGCACCGCCCGUGAUUGUGGUAGAUGACCCGCUCUGCUGUCGACGUUGUGGCAAUAUCAAAUUCGAGACGAAAGAACUGUGGAUCGAGCAUAAGCUGGCCGAUGCGAAGGUGGUGCGACCAUUUUGUCCCUUCCAAUGGGGCUGUGACAUGUGCGGCGAGUACUUGUCGCGCAAGGAGAAGCUCAUGAAUCACAUCAAUAAUCAUUUGAAGGAGGAUGUCAUUGUGCCAGUGGCCACACAAGGGGCCAUCGACAGAGAACGAGCAUCGACAGCAUCAUCAUCAUCAUCGUCAGCAUCGGCAUCGGCUUCGGCAUCCGAGGCAACAACAUCCAAAGCAAAGGCGUCGUCCGUACUGGCGGAGCAACCCGGUGCCACACUGCAGAAGAAAACGGAGGAAAAUGAUGAAGAUGAUAGCGAUAUGGAGGAUGCCGACAGCUCAGACGGUGAUGAAGAAAGCUCUGGCACAGGGGAUGAAGACGAAGACGAUGAUGACGACGACGACGACGACGACGACGAUGAUGACGACGAAGAUGAGGGCGAAGACGAGGAGGGUGUGCCCCCACCAACACCUGCCACACAACUGUUGCCACAGCAGCAGCAACACAAACACAAAGCCAAUAUUGACAAUGAUGAAGAUCUCGUCGAAGAAGUGAUCAGCUCUGAUGAUGAAGAGCCUGAGGAUGGAGGGGAAGUCGAGAGCGAAAGUCAAACAGAAAGCGAAGAGGACGAUGACGAGGAUGACGAUGAAGACGAUGACGACGAGGAAGAGGAACAGGGACAGGAACAGGAACAGGGCUCGCAGCCCCUGGUGAAUGGCAAGUCGAAAGAGCAUCAACAGCAAAUCGAUGAGAUAUUGCCCAGCUCCGACGACGACGAAGUGGGGGAUGGCAAUUUAGAUGGCCAUCUGAUGGCCAUUGAUGACAUUAUUGAAGAAGAAUAUGAUGAAGACGAUGAUAUGGAGGAGGUGGACGAUGGUGCAGUCCAUCCAGAUCCCGAUGAUGUCAUCGAAGAGGUCGACGACGAUGAUGCGGAUGAGGUGGAUGAAGAGCACAAUGUCGAUGGGGGCGGCACAUCCUCGGCCUCAUCGUCAGAGAGUGAAUCAACAUCCACGACCACAUCCAAUUCGCAUUCAACUGGUGAGCGGCGUAAGAAGGCUGGCGACCAGUCGUCAAAUCCCAGCUUUACCUGUGAUCUAUGUCAACUUUGUUUCGAUUCCCAGGAGCUUCUCCAGUCUCACAUCAAAAGCCAUUUCCUCAAUGGUCCAAAAAUCUCUGCCUCACAAGCAACAAGCAAUGCAACAGCAACAGCAACGGCAACGGCAACGACGACGACUGUGUCGAGCAAUUGUAACAACAAUGCGUCGACAAAAACCUCGAAGCAGCCCUCCCCAGCCAACAACAACCGACAAAGAAGUUCCGCCGCAGAAAUGGGGGCCAGCGGUAGCAGCAGCAACAGAAAUUAAGUGGAUUAUCAUAGGUACUCGUAUUAUCCCAGUCGUUUGUCCCCACAAUCAUCCACGUCAGAAUUCACACUUGAAACAACUUGUACAAAGCCAGCCCAAUUAUCGCUCAUGAGCCAAAAGACCCUCCACUCUCCACCAUCAACCACCACCACCACCACCACACAAAACAACAUGAAAAACCAUGCAAAAUGAUCAUCAGAAAACGCAUUCCAUGCAUUCAACAAGCAGCAGCAUCAGCAGCUACAAUAUGUAUGUAUAGAGACAGUAGGAGAUGGGGCGGGUAAUGGGGGACUGCGUGCGUGUGUGCCACAUAUAGUAGAGUUUCUUCUUGCUUCUAGUCUUAAGGCAUACCUUAUACUAUAUAUUAUACAUGCAUAUAUCAUCCGUAAAAUUUAUAAGAUAUAUAAGAUUUUUUUUUACAAUGUUAAACUAGUUUUUACGCACGCACGCACACACACAAACACAAGAAGAAAACAUACACACACACACAUACACAGACGAAAGAAGAAUGAUGUGAGCACUGGGCGGCAUAUUUUAGGCUUUAGGUUUUUUGCUUAAAUAACCUAUAUAUAUCAAAUAUAUAGCGUACAUUUAUAAGCAUCUAUGUAGGAAGUACGUACGAACACACCUCAAUUAUUAAGCAAACGUUUAUGACGUCACCAAAGGAACACACAAAACAAAACAAAACAUAACAGCAUAAAAACCCACAAAAACAACAAAAAAAACACACAAAACCAUACAAAAUACAAUAUGAAAAGGAUUGGAAAAGAAGAGAAUAUAAGGAUAUAGUCGUCCCAGAGCUCAGUUAGAUAUAGUUUUAAAGAUCAUAAAUUUCUAAGUAUUUCGCACACACACAAACACACACGAAAUGGUUUAGAAAACCAAAAACUCUC